CAUGAUGCUGAACGCUCUGUGGUUCACAGGAGCGUACAAAAGCGAAGCCGCACACCGGUAACUCAAACCUACUCGAAGCGCACGUGAGACCAGGGAAUCUGAAAAGAGCUUUAGUGUGUAGCAGGAGCACCGCGUGGACGCCUUUACUGGGGACAUUUGCUUUUUAUUUGAAAGAUACAUGUUUACUCUUUCAGUAUGAGGUUCCCUAACAGAAAGCUACGCACGGCGGUGGAUGGAGAAGACUCGGGCGUUUCUGCGCACUUCAAGAACCCUUUCGUGCACGAGUUGAGAUUUACACCUCUGCAGAAACUCAAGAUAGCUGUGAUGACCAUGACCCUGUUCCCAGUUCGUCUGCUCUUUGCUGCGUUCAUGAUGUUGCUGGCCUGGCCCUUUGCAUUCGUGGCUACUGUUGGCCAUUCUGAGGAUGCAGUUGAACCUCUAUCCUGGUGGAGAUGGCUGGUAGAUCUGGUCCUAAAGGCCAUCAUGAGAGCCAUGUGGUUUUCCGGAGGGUUUCAUUGGGUCCGUGUGAAGGGCCAGCCGGCGCUGCCCAGUGAAGCACCCAUCCUCACAAUGGCCCCUCACUCAUCCUACUUUGACGCCAUCCCUGUCACCAUGACGAUGGCUUCUAUAGUGAUGAAGACUGAGAGUAAAGACAUUCCUGUCUGGGGCACUCUUAUCAAAUUCAUCCGGCCCGUGUUUGUGUCCCGCUCGGAUCAGGAUUCUCGGAGGAAGACUGUUGAGGAGAUCAAACGCAGAGCUUGUUCUGAUGGCGAAUGGCCUCAGAUCAUGAUAUUCCCGGAGGGCACAUGCACCAAUAGAUCCUGUCUCAUCGCAUUUAAGCCCGGUGCGUUCAUCCCUGGCGUUCCCGUGCAGCCUGUGCUCUUGCGGUAUCCUAAUGAGAUGGAUACAAUCUCAUGGACAUGGCAAGGGCCUGGAGCGUUUAAGAUUCUAUGGCUCACAUUAUGUCAACUACAUAACUCCAUAGAAAUAGAGUAUCUUCCUACGUACACCCCAUCAGAGGAGGAGAAGAAGGACCCAGCCCUGUUCGCCAGCAAUGUAAGACGCAUCAUGGCCAAGGCGCUUGGGUUGCCCAUUAUUGAUUACUCCUUUGAGGACUGCCAGCUUGCUAUGGCCAAAGGGCCUCUGCGUUUACCCAGACACACCUGUUUGCUGGAGUUUGCCAGACUGGUACGUCGUUUGGGCCUGAAGACGGGGGUCACUGGUGAAGUCCUGCACGAGGAAGCCUCCAGGGCCCGUAAGCUGUGUGGAAGCAGACUGGACGUGGAGGGAUUUUCUCAGUACCUCAAUCAACCCUUGACAGAAGCAGUACAGGACAUCUUCUCACUUUUUGAGGAGCACGGGAAGAUGGAUGUGAGAGAGUAUGUCAUCGCCCUGUCUGUGGUCUGUAGACCUUUCAGAUAUCUGGAGACCAUUAAACUGGCCUUCAGGAUGUUUGAAGCACAGGAGGAUGGAGCAGUUGUAGAAGAUGAGUUGGCUGUUAUUCUGAAAACUGCUCUUGGGAUUGGAGAUUUUGUAGUUUGCGAUCUCUUCAGGGCCAUAGAUUGUCAAGACAAAGGAAAGAUCACAUUUGAUGAUUUUUGCCAGUUUCUGGAGAACUGUCCUGAUUUCGUGGAGCAGUACCACUGUCUCAGUGAGCCGAUCCCUCAGCCCUCCAGAGAAUCCACAUCACCCCCAGAGUCUCAGCCUUCAACUAACGGCUUCUGUGCUGACUUCAGCCCUCGAGAUCCCAGCACCCGCAGCACUGCACACAGCAAGAAAGAGGACUAAAAGCAGCUUUUACUCUCACAGCCUGUGUGUGUGCAUGCGUGUGUACUUCUGUGUGCAGGAGAGGUGAUGACAGAUGAAAUCUUGAAGUUAAAUUGGAAUUUGCAUCUGGGUAAAUUACCCUUGGGAGUCUUCCAGAGUUCUGUUCAAAAUCCUGCAGUUAUUUUUUUAUGCCCUCGAAGAACCUGUCUUCAAGGCAGUUAGUUUUCUGACAGUUCUUUCAAAUGGAAACAAAUGACAAUUUUUAUAUCUUUUUUUUUUGACAUUUUAAUAGAUUUUCUAUAUAAAGUGUUGUUUGCUUUAUAACAUAAGAGUGUGGUUUUAAUAUACGCAAAACAACAAAAGUCUUGGCUGAUGUUCUUCGGGGUGCAAUAUUAAGGUGAUAUUUCAGCAUGUACCACCACAUGCUUCACAAAAACAUUAGUUAUAAAGAAAUUUGAGUGAACCUAUGAAAGUCUCAGAUUGGGUUUUAGAUUAAAGGAAUUUUUCAGAAAAUCCGCUGUUGUGCUAAAUAAUUCACACAAGCAAAUUCACACUAUUUGUGAUGGAUUUGUGUUUAAGAACAUAAUACAGCCUGUCCGGUUUAAAAUCACUAGUGUUGUCAAUAUAAUUCAGUAAAUAUCCAAUUUUCAUAAUAUUUUAUCCUUUAUGAACUCAAAUCCUUUCCAUGAAAACAAGAACAGUGUUUAAAAAUAAUUUUAAAAAGUAAAGAAAUACGAGCAAAUAUUUUCUGAUACAAGACUAAAAAUUUCAAAACCUUCAAAGAUUUUUUUUUAUUAUUAUAUAAUAAACACUUAUUAUUAUAAUAUUAAAAUAAAAAAAGCUUGUUUCUUUUAUGAUUUUUAUUUAUUUGUUUAUUUUUCCUACUAUGACUGUGCCUUUUCACUUCGGUAUGGGGGAAAUAAUAGUGUUUCUCUUUAUUUAUUGAUUUAUUUAUUUAUUUAGUUAGUGAUAUAUGAAAUGAUUAAUAUGCAACAGGCGACCUAUCUUCUGACAAAUAACUUUUGACAACUUGCAAAAAUAAGAACAUGAAGAACAGACACUUUUCUAUAAUAAACUCUGCUGUAAAUCUCAGAACAGUGUAAUACUCCAACACAAGGGGGCGCAAUAUAGCCACAAGAAUCGAGAGAAUCAGUUUAGGACAUUUUGCUGGUUCAGACAAUUGUUUGUGAUAGUAUUUUAGAGAACGUUUCAGCUUCUGGUUUUGUAGGACAUUAUAGGAUAUGGCUUUUGGGAGCCCUUUCUGAAUUAGGAAACCAUAGACUCCCUGAGCCUGAGUAUUAUUACAGCGGAAUGUUUAUUAAUAAAUUAUCGGACAUGGUACAAUGGUAAUACCAUAUUUAAUUUAUUUAGAUGUACAAUCUAAAUACAUUAUAAUGGGUGUCUUAGGGUAUUAGAGUAAAUAUUGGUGUCGAUUUAAAAAAUAAAAAUAAGAAAACCCAGCGCGUAAUGUUUAACCUGACCAGAAUUUGUUACUCCUUAUUCUCUAAUAUGACAAUUAUCAUGCCAGGUUUUCACAUUCACUCAGACAGCCUCCCAAUCUCAAACCGAGGUAAAAAGGUUUUUUUUUUUUAAUGUUUUUUUUUGUGGCUCUUGCUCUAUUUUUCUUCCCUCACCCACCUUUCACUCCUCUCUGAUGUCACCUAAGUGGCUAAGCCUACAAUGUAAACACAUGAUGUCAUUUGUUCGAGAAACUUACAUAAAAGAGUAUUGCUGCACCACAGGGUGGCGCUAUAACAUUAACAAAACGCCCCGAAUCAUCUGGCUAUACUAUGAGGAAAAGCAUUACGUCACCCCGUUGUAAAAAUAAACUAAGGAUUGCUUCUUUGGGUUCUUGAAAGUGGAGCAUUUUGCCACCUGUGUCCAAGCUGUUAAUAGAUAAUGGCAUCAUCUGAAACAGUUCAUGGAAAGCAGGAUUUGACACCCGUAUGGACUGAAUGGAUGAAGUUGCUAUGCAACCUGGUCAUGUGAAUUAGCCAAAGUGCCCUUAAAAUUCUCCUCCAGUGUAGGUUAAUUAUGUGUUCUUCGCCUUGCUUUUAUAUGAAUGGACGGAGCGGAGUCUCAUUUGUAUGGUCUGAAUUGCGCCUAUAUGGACAGAAAUUGUGUCAAAUGUGAUUUCUGUAAGGCUUUUUCAUCUCGUUCAUUAUGGUUAAAGUAGUUUUUGUACAAUCUGUGGAUUGAGAUGUAGCCUAUAUGAGGAUUUAGGACUAUUCAGAGCUUUUGCACUCAGUUCAUGGAAAAUACUUCAGUCUUGUUGAGAUCUUAAUGAAUGAUCUUUCUGGGAUUGUAAAACAGAUUGUGUGAAGUUAUUGAUUCAAUAUGUGAAUUAGUAUGUCCAAACUGGAAUUAAAAAAAAAAAAAAAGUUGCCCAUUAUGGGAUAUAAAGGUUAUAAAA